GCUAACAGGAACCUCAACUCCCAACAGAAUAUGGCGAUGGAUUCUUUAGGCUGGCUUUGCCAUCAGACAUGGCAUCGUCGAAACUCAACUCUCCAUCAAAUCCCUUGAAAUGAAUGCACCCAAAACCUUUUCCUAGAAUUCCGGCAAAUAUCAUUCCCUUUCCUACUCGCACCGCACAACUGCUUUCUUCAACGUGUCUGCCUUGGAUACAUCCGUCUACAUCCGUUUUACGAGCAAUGGCAGAUCUACCUCCACUCCCAGAAGGUUGGACAGCUGCGCGCGCACUCUCUCUUCCACCGCUCGACUUCGCACGUCUCCCACCUGAUACACGCUCCCAGAUCCAAGCAUAUCUUGAUGCAAUGGUCGUGGCGGGAGCACAAGAACUGGCUGGGAGCAGCGAGGAGGUGGAUGGCGAUGGGAAGAAGAAGAUAUGACAGAAGAAGAAAUAGCACGCAUCGCACAAGAAAAAGGAUUCCGCAUCUCCGACUUCCAAGGUUUAUUCUCGAACAUUGCUCAGCAGAUGGUAGAUGA